AUGACCCACAACUGCGACCCUCAGUUUGUAGGGGCCACCGGAGCCGAGGAGAGGCUUGCUCCUGGAGUUUUAGUCCCUCGGGGGAAAGACCUCUGCUGUACCAGACGGGACCUUGACGGGGCGGUGAGUGGAGUGGACGGCCGCCGCUCCAUUAUCCUGCCCAACGGAGCUCAACAGACAAGCUACACCAUUGUGGACCCGGUCCCGAUAGCCCCCUCUGGACAGGGGGGUGAUCCCGGUCCUCGCCCCAUACCAACACUCGGAGGCAAUAACAUGUUGCCACAUGACCUCAGGGCCCAAAACAAGAUGGCCGCCAGGCCUGGGCCCGCUUCUUUGAAGGCCUGCUUACAGCCUACGCUCAUGGCGGACCUGCUUGUACAGGAUCCUGAAAAUUCAUGCACACAACCUGGGACAAAGCGGCAAAAGAGCGGACAGUCUCCGAUCCAUUAG